CACACACACACACACACACACACACACACACACAAAAGGGGGGGGGUUGAGCCACUCCCCUUUCAACCGGCUACAUCCCUGGAUUAUUGCUAAAUUCUUUCUGGGGUUUUCACUUGUUAGAACAAGCAGAGGCACAACGUCAGCAACACCGAGAAGAGACGGGACAGAAUCAGAGAGAGCGCCGAGGUGUGAGGGGCGAAGAGAGAAAUACAGCGGGGCUGGAGAGUUCGACUUUCAGAGGGAAACACAAAGAUAGGAGAGAGAGCGAGAGAGAGAGAGCGAGAGAGACACACUAAGGGGUGUGUCAAAGCAAUUUAGUUCCUCAAGGAAGUACAACUCAACAUUAUCUUAAGACAGGGUGACAGCACCGACAGAAGCGCUGCAGGAGGGCUACUUUUUUUUUUCUCUUAAGGUUUUUGGUUCUGCUCGUGGUGAAGAUGAAGGGAUCAAUUUAAAUCAACUCGGCCUGUGCUGUCAACCUGAGAGAGAGAGCAAAGAGAGAGAGAGAGAGAGAGAGAUCUGACAGACCAGCAGCAACACAGUUCAGGCAACCAUGGACGCCUUCAGCUCCAAGGACAUGGCCUUGAGGGCGCAGAAGAAGAUCCUCAGCUCCAUGGCCACCAAAAGCUCCGUCCAAAUGUUCAUCGACGACACCACCAGCGAGAUCCUGGACGACCUGUACCGCGUCUCCAAGGAGUACUCGGGCAAUAAGUCGGAGGCCCAGAAGGUGAUCAAAGACCUGAUCAAGAUCGCCGUGAAGAUCGGCCUGCUGUUCAGGAACAACCGUUUCAGCACGGAGGAGCUGGGAGUGGCCACGGACUUUAAGAGGAAGCUGCACCAGGGGGCCAUGACGGCCAUCAGCUUCUACGAGGUGGACUUCACCUUUGACAAAGCCGUGAUGGAAGAACUCCUGACCAGCUGCAGGGAUCUGCUGCUGAAGCUGGUCAACACCCACCUCACCCCCAAAUCCCACGGCCGCAUCAACCACGUCUUCAACCAUUACUCGGACCCGGAGCUCCUGACCAAGCUGUACGAGCCCAGCGGCCCCUUCAGACCCAACCUCACCAGGAUCUGCAAAGGACUCAACAAACUGUUGGAGGACGGGACAAUAUGACCUAGAAACAGACACUGGGAGAUCAACGGGCAUUACGUAUCCAAGACUGGUCUUAAUGCUGCGGAGGACUGGCAACGCAAGACAAGUGACCCAAGAACAAAGCCGCUGCCACAUGGUUCUUAAAGAACGUGUGGGAUACAAACACAGCUGGUGGACUUAUUCAAGUUUUUAUAGGUGAUAUAUAGUGUAUAUUGUAAUGUUGUCUCUUCAGACAAAGUUCAGACCAAACUUGAAUAUAAAGCGGUUUAUUCUACAUUAGCUGUUGUAUUAGAUUAAGAAUAGUCAUCUCGUGUAAAUACUUGAGACCUUGAAAUGUUUCAUUGUGAACUACUGAUGUUGUGUCUGCAGAGGAGGAGGAGUGCAUAAAGAGAGCGCACUGGGAGCACUGCCACUGUAACACUGCACUGCCCUCUGGUGGUCCAGCGCAGCGUCUUUAAUGAGGCGGCAGCAAGACAAUAGAGAACAUGACCACCGCGGUAGACGAGUAAUUAACGCUUUGCAGGCUCUGCUUCAACACAUGUUUAGAAGCAUGAACAAAAACACUGGACUCUUAAAACGGUGUUGACUGAACGAGCUUCAAUGUUAAUCCUUUAAUUUGUGUUUUUCUGAACAUUGAAUCACAGACAGUGGCUGAGAUUAAGACAAGUGUUAUUCUUUGGUUUUACAUUACACAAGACAAUGAAAAUCAACAGAGACGGCUGGAUAUAUAACAGCGUUUAAAUUGCUUUUAUAUUUUCUUAUUUGUUUGAGCGAUAACGAGGAGGAAAGUUAGUUCAACUAUAAAGUUACAAAAAGAGGUUUUGAAAUAUCAAGUGCUUUUCAGAGUCAACAGUUUCUGUGCCGGCACACACACACACACACACACACAACACACAACACACAACACACACACACACACACACACACACGGGAUCAA